GGUGGGGCGCGGUUAAAAGGCGCUGCAGGUGGGGGCCCAGCCGACUGCAGGCUCCAGACACCGAGCGCCUGGCUGCACCGAGGGCGCUGCCGCGCGCCCAGAGACCCGCUCCCGGACCCGCGCGGCCGCAGUGCCCGCGGAGCAGGAAUAAGCCGACACAAUGGACUGGGGAACCCUGCACACAUUCAUCGGGGGGGUCAACAAACACUCCACCAGCAUCGGGAAGGUGUGGAUCACCGUCAUCUUCAUUUUUCGCGUCAUGAUCCUGGUCGUGGCCGCUCAAGAAGUUUGGGGUGACGAGCAGGAAGACUUUGUCUGCAACACUCUGCAGCCCGGGUGUAAAAACGUGUGCUACGACCACUUUUUCCCCAUCUCCCACAUCCGGCUCUGGGCCCUGCAGCUCAUCUUCGUGUCCACGCCGGCCCUGCUGGUGGCCAUGCACGUGGCCUACCACAGACAGGAGGCCGCCCGCAAGUUUCGGCGAGGAGAGAAGAGAAAUGAAUUCAAGGACCUGGAAGACAUUAAAAAGCAGAAGGUUCGGAUCGAGGGGGCCCUGUGGUGGACAUACACCUGCAGCAUCUUUUUCCGAAUCAUCUUCGAAGCAUCCUUCAUGUACGUGUUUUACUUCCUGUACAAUGGGUACCACCUGCCCUGGGUGCUGAAAUGUGGGAUCGACCCCUGCCCCAACCUCGUCGACUGCUUCAUCUCUAGACCUACUGAGAAAACCGUGUUCACCAUUUUUAUGAUUUCCGCGUCUGUGAUUUGCAUGCUGCUUAAUGUGGCCGAGCUGUGCUACCUGCUGCUGAAGGUGUGUUUCAGGAAGUCAAAGAGAGCGCAGACGCAAAGGAACCACCCCAGCCACGCCCCCAAGGAAAGCAAGCAAAACGAAAUGAAUGAGCUGAUUUCAGAUAGCGGCCCAAACGCGGUCACUGGUUUUCCAAGUUAGACAUUUCAAAGUGCGAGGUAGCUGGCUCCUAACAGAACUGGUGGCCUCUCCUGCAGGCGGUGCCCACCACGAAUCCCCUCUCAAGGCUGGAGACUUGGUCUUUAUAAACGGCUUUCAUAAGACGUAGACACUUGACUUAACAUUUUGUAGAA